AUGAACGACACUGAUCUUGUACAGAUGGCAGUAAAACGAGUACAUCUCAUUGGUAGUACUAAUCUAUAUCGUGAAGCUGCAGAGAACAAUGCCCAAGAAAUUAUAUCUGAAGGCUUUUCCAAUGUUUUUGUCAAGCAUCCUCUUGAGAAUGAUUCUAUAAAUAAACUCAAAAGAAAAUCUCAAAAACAAGCCCACCUGCUAAGAAAACACACAUCCUGGAAUGGAAAAUUUAUGUAUACUGUACAGGAAUGGAUUAUUGAAAAUCACAGUAUAACAAAAUCGUUUUUAGACUUUAUGAAUAUGGCCAUCUCUUUGGCUAAUGAAGAACAGUCAUAUUAUAAACUUAAAGUGAAAUCAGAUGAUCCUGGUAAAAAAUUGUUAAGAAAAUGCCAGAAUGUGUGGAAACAUCUUUGUGAGAAUUGGAAGACUUCAUUUGAUGACAAUCGAACAGUAGAAGAUACUUGUGUUCAUGAAUUAUUGCAUCCAUUUUUAAAGCCAUUCUUCACUAUUGAGCAAGGACAUGAUAUUAACUGGUAA